UGACGCCCUGCGCGGCCUGGACAGGACUCCGCCUUCACACUCGCUCACUUCCCCUUAACGGCCCGAGGUCAGGAAGAGACGAGAGGCAGAAGAGGAAGAGAGGCAAAGGGGGGAUGGGCCUGUUGCCUUCAUUUCAAGUAAAAGAAAAAACAGAAGUAAAAAGUUGGGUAGGCACAUUUGUCAAAAAACAGAGAGAGAGAGAGAGAGACAGAGAGAGAGAAGGCGAGAUCGGAGGUGAAUUAGAAAGACGAGACUCAAAGUAGCGCGAAGGGCUACACGCGACCAUGGCUCCUUGGACGAGGGCCGCCACAGAGCGCUACGGUGUGGUUAAGUGGAAUUUUGUUGCCAACGGAAAGAAGCAACUGUCCCUGGAGGUAGGAGAUGCAGUGCAGAUCCAGGAGGUCUGCGAUGGUUGGUACCGAGGCCACUUGGUUAGGAACAAUGCCCAAUGGGGAGUGUUUCCUGCCAGUUUCAUUCAUCUUAAACAGGUCGUCAUUGAAAAACAGGGAGACGAGGAGGUCGUGAUGUCUGCAGAGAUGCCCUUGGUAAAGGAGGUAACCACCACAUUGAGGGAGUGGGGAAGCAUAUGGAAGCAACUUUUUGUGGCCCAUAAACACAAGCGUGUGAAGCAGGUCCAGGGGCUUAUGUGGGAGCUAAUGGAGUGGCGUUCCCAGCUCCUCUCUGGCACGCUGCCCAGUGACGAAUUCAAGGAGCUCAAGCAGAAAGUCACCUCCAAGAUCGACUAUGGCAACAAGAUCCUGGAGCUGGACCAGGUGGUUCGGGACGACGACGGUAACAUCCUGGACCCGGAACGGGCCAGUGUCAUCAGCCUGUUUCGGGCCCACGAGGAGGCCACAGCCAAGAUCAACGAGCGCAUCAAAGAGGAGCAGUCCAACAUCCAGGCGGACCACAGCGGCAUCUCGGCCCGCAUCCAAUCGUCCCCCACGCACAGCCUCUACGUCUUCGUCAGGAACUUUGUGUGUCGCAUCGGAGAGGACUCGGAGCUCUUCAUGUCGCUCUAUGACCCCAUCAAACAGAGCAUCAUCAGUGAGAACUACCUGGUACGUUGGGGCAGUAAAGGAUUCCCCAAGGAGAUCGACAUGCUCAACAACCUGAAGGUUGUCUUCACGGACCUGGGGAACAAGGACCUGAGCAGGGAGAAGAUUUACCUCAUCUGUCAGAUAGUGAGAGUGGGCAGGAUGGACCUGAAAGAGACGAACAACAAGAAGAGCACUCAAGGCCUGAGGCGGCCGUUCGGGGUAGCAGUAAUGGACAUUAGUGAUCUCAUCAAAGGGAAGAUCGAAUGCGACGAGGAGAAACAGUUCUUCAUUCCCUUCUUCCCAGUAGUCGCUGAGAAUGACUUUCUCCACUCCUUACUGAACAAAGUGACGGCAUCGCGAGGGGACAGUGCUGGACAAGGUCUGUGGGUGACCAUGAAGGCUCUGGUGGGGGACAUAGUUCAGAUCCGGAAGGAAUACCCUCACCUGGUGGACCGCAGCACCGUGGUCGCCCGCAAACUGGGCUUCCCAGAGAUCAUCAUGCCGGGAGAUGUUCGCAAUGACAUCUACCUCACCUUACAGGGCGGCGACUUUGACAAGUACAACAAGACAACACAGAAAAACGUGGAGGUCAUCAUGUGGGUCUGCGACGAGGACGGCAAGGUCAUACAGAACUCCAUCUGUCUGGGUGCAGGGGAUAAAGUGGUCAGUGAGUACAGAUCGGUCAUCUACUACCAAAUCAAACAGCCCCGCUGGAUGGAGACAAUUAAGGUGGCGGUCCCUCUGGAAGAAAUGCACAAAAUCCAUUUGCGUUUCAUGUUCAGACACCGCUCUUCCCAGGAGUCCAAAGACAAGAGUGAGAAAAACUUUGCCAUGGCCUUUGUGCGUCUGAUGAAGGAAGAUGGGACGGUUCUACAGGACGGGCUGCACGACCUGAUAGUCUUCAAGGGUGACAGCAAGCGCAUGGAGGAUGUGAACUGCUACCUGUCGCUGCCCUCGACCCGCAGCCAACACAGUGACUCCCUGGCCCACAAGGCGGCAGCGCUGAGCCGCAGCACCAGCAACGUGUCUGGCAGUGGAGGCCUGUCGGUCAGCUCCAGAGACAGCUUCAGCAUCUCCACCCUGGUCUGCUCCACCAAACUCACACAGAAUGUGGGCCUGCUGGGGCUGCUCAAGUGGAGGACUCGACCCGAACUCCUCCAAGAGAACCUCGAGAAGCUGAAAAUAAUCGAUGGGGAGGAGGUGGUCAAGUUCCUGCAGGACACUCUGGAUGCUUUAUUCAACAUCAUGAUGGAGCACUCUCAGACCGACAACUACGACAUCCUCGUGUUCGACGCCUUGAUCCACAUCAUCGGUCUGAUUGCUGAUAGAAAGUUCCAGCACUUCAACACAGUGUUGGAGGCCUACAUCAAGCAGCAUUUCAGCGCAACACUGGCGUACAAGAAGCUGAUGUCGGUGCUGAAGAGGUAUCUUGAUGUGUCCGGCCGAGGGGAACAGUGUGAGCCAAUCCUCCGGACCCUCAAAGCCCUAGAGUACAUCUUCAAGUUCAUCGUCCGCUCACGCAUGCUCUACUCCCAGCUGUAUGAGGGGAAGGAGCAGGCCGAGUUUGAGGAGUCACUGAGAAAGCUUUUUGAGUCCAUCAACAGCAUGAUGAAAACCGACUACACCACCACUCUGCUGCUCAGGGUUGCUGCUCUGAAGUACCUCCCAACAGUCCUGCAUGAUGUCGAGAAAGUGUUUGAUGCCAAACUCCUCAGUGAGCAGCUGCAUGACUUUUACUCCUGCAUCCCCCCUGAGAAACUCCAGAAACAGAAGGUGGCCUCCAUGACCGAAAUCGUCAGCAGCCGACUCUUCCAGAGACAAGAGUGCCGUGACGUGCUGUUACCCAUGAUGCUGCGGGAGCUGAGCGGGGCCCUCGCUACUCUGGCCGACGGGCCUCACGAUGAGAGGAGAAACAGCCUGGAGCUGCUCAACAACAUUCUGGAGGUCCUGAGCAGGGACAACGUGGGUGAAACGUUUCAGCAUAUCCAGGACAUCGUGGUGUCUCUGCUGAGGAUAAUCAACCGGACAUUCAUCACGAUGGGUCGCGAGCAUGCUCUGAUCUCCAGGGUGGUCGCCUGCAUGACGGCGAUUCUCAGUCAGAUGGAUGAUCGUCACUAUGCUACAUACAUCGAAACCUUUACUGGGAGCUCUGACCUAGUGGACUUCCUGAUGGAGUCCUUCCUGCUCUUCAAGGACCUGAUUGGGAAACACGUGUACCCCUCUGACUGGAUGGCCAUGAUCAUGGUGCAGAACAGAGUGUUCCUGCGAGCCAUUAAUACCUAUGCAGACACAAUGAACCAAAAAUUCCUCAAUAACAACGACUUUGAAGUACAGUUGUGGAAUAACUACUUCCACUUGGCCGUGGCAUUUAUCACCCAGGAGUCUCUGCAGCUGCAGCAUUUCUCGUCGACCAAGCGAAACAAGAUCCUGGCCAAAUAUGGAGAUAUGAGAGAACUCAUCGGCUUCGCUAUACGUGACAUUUGGUACAAACUUGGGAGUCAUAAGAUCUGUUUCAUCCCCGGAAUGGUGGGCCCCAUCCUGGAGAUGACUUUGAUCCCGGAAGAAGAGCUGAGAAGGGCCACCAUCCCCAUCUUCUUCGACAUGAUCACCUGUGAACACGCACAUUCUGGAAACUUCCACAAGUUUGAGAAUGAGAUCAUCCUGAAGUUGGACCACGAGGUGGAGGGUGGAGGAGGAGAUGAGCAAUACAUGCAGCUACUGGAGACCAUCCUGCUGGACUGCGCUUCAGAGAAACUCACGCUGAAGCCAGAGGUGCAGCACUUUGUCGCCUUGGUGAAGGGACUCCUCAUUCGUCUCCUCGACUACCGUACGGUGAUGAACGACGAGAGCCGCAACAACCGCAUGAGCUGCACCGUCAACCUGCUGAACUUUUACAAGGACAUCAAUCGUGAAGCGAUGUACAUCAGGUACCUUUACAAGUUGCGGGACCUUCACCUGGAGGGUGAAAACUACACUGAGGCAGCGUACACACUGCUGCUCCACUCUCGCCUGCUCAAGUGGGUGGAUGAGACGUGCAGUCCCCAGUUUGAGUACCGCGGCUCACAAACCCAGCGGCAGCUCAAAGAAACCCUCUACGACACCAUCAUCGACUACUUUGACAAGGGCAAGAUGUGGGAGGAGGCCAUCACUUUGUGUAAGGAGCUUGCAGAACAAUACGAAAACGAGAUCUUUGACUACGAGUUGCUCAGCAAGAGACUGGAGAAACAAGCCAAGUUCUAUGAAAACAUCAUGAAGAUCCUGAGGCCAAAACCAGACUACUUUGCAGUGGGCUACUACGGCCAGGGCUACCCUCCAUUCCUCAGGAACAAGGUGUUUAUCCACCGAGGCAAGGAGUAUGAACGCAGAGAGGACUUCCAGAACCAGCUGAUGAGCCAGUUCCCCAGCGCCGUGCGCCUCAACACCACCACCAUCCCGGGGGACGACAUCAGGAACUCUCCGCUGCAGUAUAUCCAGUGUUUCACAGUGAAAUCGGUCCUGGAGAUUCCUCCUCGCCUGAAGAACAAACCUGUUCCCGAUCAGAUUAUCAACUUCUACAAGUCCAACUAUGUGCAGCGUUUCCAUUAUUCCCGACCGGUCAGGAAAGGACCCGUGGACCCAAACAAUGAGUUUGUUUCGAUGUGGAUUGAACGCACAACCUUCACCACGGAGUAUAAGCUCCCGGGGAUCCUGCGCUGGUUUGAGGCCAAGGACAUGAAACAUACCACCUUGUCUCCGUUGGAGAAUGCCAUAGAGACCAUGGAGUCCACCAAUGAGAAGAUUCUGACCAUGAUCAACCAAUAUCAGGCCGAUUGGACCCUCCCCAUCAACCCGCUCUCCAUGCUGCUCAAUGGCAUCGUGGACCCAGCGGUCAUGGGCGGCUUUGCCAAGUAUGAAAAGGCCUUCUUUACCGAUGACUACAAUCAGCAGCACCCAGAGGACCGAGAUAAACUGAUGCGCCUCAAAGACCUCAUCGCGUGGCAGAUCCCAUUGCUGGGUGGAGGGAUAUCUCUCCAUGGGAAGAGAGUGAUGGAUGACCUGCGUCCUUUCCACGAGCGCAUGGAGGAGUGUUUCAAGCAGCUGAAGAAGAAGGUGGAGAAGGAGUACGGAGUGAGAGAGCUGCCGGAAAUGGAUAACAGGAAGUCCAGCCGUCCGCGCUCUGUGCUGCGGACCUUUCGUCAGUCCAUCAUCUCCAUCUCCUCGCUGCAGGGAUCUGAAUGUGUAACUCCGACCAGGCACCAUUCAGACAGGGACAUACCCCCGGACUCACCCUCCUCCUGGAGCUCCACCCUGCCGCGAUCCAGCGGCAGCGUGAGCGCGAGCGCGGUGGAGGGGGUGGUGACGGUGGGUGACGCAGAGGUGAAGCUGAGGAAGAGUAAGAAGAAGAAGAAGAGAAGCAGCAUGAUCUUCAUCACGGAGGAGAGAGAGAGGACACAAACGCUGGACUCCAAACGGCUGUCCAAGAAACAGGAGUUCCGCAGCGACACCAACCUGGCCGAGCCCAACGAAGGCAAUGUGUCGCUAACCAACGCCAACUCCAGGUCCCUGCCUGCCAUCACAGGUCUGUCCUUGGCAGUGCUGGGGAGCGCGGAGGAGGUGGACUCUGUCAGAGCCAGGAGGGACAGUAAGAGCAUGUCCGUCUGUGUGACCUCUGACCGGACGGCUGACAGACGCUCAAAGGGCGUCAUCAACCUCCUCUUCAAGUCCAAGAGCUCCAAAUCAGACGAUGUGAAGUCCAGUGAUUCAGCCAAAGGCAGUGCCGAUCAUUUCUGAAAUCUUUUAUGUUCAUUUUUUCUUUAUUUUUCUUCAUGCAUUUUUUUUUUUUUUUUUUUACAAAGAAGUUCACAUAAACCAAAUCAUGCACACAGACACCCUCAUUCAGUCGGAUUGAGGGUCUCUGUGUGGCUUCUUAUCUUAAUAUAAUUGAUUUUAGCUGUCAAUAAAGACUUAUUUUUGUGGCAUGACCUUUUCCUGGUAAUUCAACUGAUUCCCAGUGGAGCUAAAUGCCAUCUUACGACUUUUCAAUCAAUUCCGCUUCUACAAAAAUGAGCAAACACAAAUCAUCCAUGGCACCGCGCUUGAUUAAAGAGCGCCUUAUUACACGUUUUCCCUCAUUGGUGGUACGGACUGAAGUUAAUGAGAAAAUAAUCACUUGAUGAAGCACAAAGGUUUACCGUGGCAGGACUUUACACAGGCGUCCAAAAAGCUUUAGCGCUGACACAGACAAAGCAAAUCGAAUUAAUUAAACAAACUGUGGAGCGUACUGUACAACGGCUACGCCGUUUGUUUUGUGCUCAGAUAUGAGACAAAACGUGUUUUUCUUUUUUAGUUUACUUUUGUUCUGAAAUCUUAAAAGACUGACUGAGUAAACACAACAAGUUAUUUCCGAUAUGCCUGCGCUGUGGAUCCGAGGAACCCAAGAGGGUUGUUGAGCUGAUUUCCUCCUUUCAUUCCUUCCUUCCUUUCCUGGUGGCACCCACAGGUAGCGUCAACACACAGGUGCACCCAGAAUCCACUCAACCAAACCCCUGUCCCGACAGUGAGUAAGUGAGGUGGGCCGGAUGUUAGCCCAGAGUAUCGUAUCGCUUUCUUCGUUGACUUUAGUGACAUUUUCAUGAAAAUAUUGAGAUCAACUGUCGAAAGAGCAGUGAGGCUCUUGAACGUGGUGAUAAUGAAUAAGUGACCAGUGCAGUUAAUGAGAGGGUUAAAGCAUCGCUUGCAUUGUAAAAAGUUCAUUUUCUUAUAAAAAAAAUAUUACAUAAACAUUUUAAAUUAGGCAAUUUGAAUGAUUCAUAGAUGUGGAUGAAUAUCUCCCAUUGGCCCCACUGUGGUUUGAUUCCCUCACAGACUCUCAGACCUUCAGAGGGGGAAUUAGAACCUUUCUCUUAUUAACACUGCCAUAAUCUGGUGACACACUGACCGCAAGAUUCCUCCAGCGCCGAUUUCAGCUUACAGAACAGCAGCGUAGAAUUCGUAUUCAUGAUUAAACCAUUUCUCCAUGACCACAGAGCGACUUUAGUCCAAAAUCAUCCAUCUCACCUCAGCGUGAAUAGAAUGGAUGGGAGGCUCAGUUUAAGGACACUCUGUGUAUGUUUUCACAAGGGAUGCAAGCACGGCGUCGGAUUGCUGACCGACAGAUGAAUCGAUCAAUUAGUUUGAUCUUGGGAGGUUACAUCCCAGAUGAACACGGAUGCAUAAAAUGUAUGACGUGGGAAUGGGGAAUGUGUAACAAAAUGAAUUUUAAAAGUUAAAGAAUCACGCUCAAGAUUUAUUUGAAAACUCUGACUCAUUAAUGGCCCUUGGCUACAUUCAUUAUAUUCACAUCAAAGUUAAUGAUCUCGCUCUGUGGCCUCUUCUGGUUUCAAGAUGGAAAACACGUCAAAAACCCACAGCUCCUGCGGUUAUUAUUGAGUGUUACUUUGAGCCUUUGAAGGCAUGACAGAUUCUUUUGAUUUUGUUUGAAAUGUUCUUCUGGUGAUAUUACUUACAUUUCAUAACACUAGUCAAAAGUGUGAAACGUAUCCCUGCACAAUCUGGUCAAUUAAUGUUGGUCAUAUCAGUACAAAUAUUACUAGAAUAGAAGGAUAUCUCAUGAAGAAUUCCUCAGUGAUCACGUCACAUUAUUUAUUUAUACUUGAAUGAGAAUAUUUUAGUUUGAAUGCAUGAAUGUUAAAAAGAAUGAAAUGCACACCAAUUAAGAGAUACAUCUGAUAGAAACUAGAUAGAUGUUGUAAGACUCAAGUAUAUUUUAAACAGAGAGAAUAAUCUCACAAAGUAGUACAUAUACCUGUCAGGUGAAAUGUUGAUUUUUGUGUGAAGGAGACAGUGUGCUUUUACUAAUAUAGGUAUAUUUAUCACUAUAUAUUUUUCCCACAAUGAAUGCUUUCUUCAAAUAUCUGUUAAUGCCAAUUGUAUAACAAGUGAAUUCCCUGUCAGAUGGAAGCAAUCCUGAGGGCCUGGAUUUAUACUUCAAACACACAUCAAUAUAUGAACAAAGCUGUUUCUUGAUCGCGCUUCUCCCAGAAAGUUAAAAUCAUCGGAGAGUUUAACCAGUUGAUCUGUGGGUAGAUUUUAUUAAAGAAUGU